UGCUGCAAUCUUGCCAAGGAUAAGAAGGGACUGAAGGUAGAGAGAGAUAAGAGAGCGGUGAUUCGCCCCUUCCGAAAGAACGAGAGAUGUCAAGCCUAUCGGUAUCGAUGUGCAGGGCAACGGUUCCAAUUGCCCACAGUUCUAACCAUCAUCCAUUUUCUUCUAUCAAGUGUUCUUUUUUCAGUAACAACAACAACCCACUUACCCUCUUUCGAGUGCACCAGUCCCAGAGUUUUAAACCUCCCGGCGGGAAUGGGAAGGCUAUGGUGGUCAGAAUGAGCUACGAGGCAGGCGUUGGGGUCAUGGGUACCAAGCUGGGCAUGAUGAGUUACUUCCAGCCCGAUGGAAAGGUCGUCCCGGUCACCGUCGUUGGAUUUAAAGAAGGAAACAUCGUCACCCAGCUCAAGACCGAGGCCACCGACGGCUACAAUGCCGUCCAGGUGGGGUACCGCAGGGUCAGGGACCGGAAGCUCACCAAGCCGGAGAUGGGUCAUUUACAGAAGGCGGGCGCUAUUCCUAUGCGCCACCUUCAGGAGUUUCGCUUGCUGUCCGUGGAUGGCUUUGAACCCAACCAGCGGCUUGUGUUUGAUGAGAUUUUUAAGGAGGGUGAUUUUGUUGAUGUGUCCGGCACUACCAUUGGCAAGGGAUUCCAAGGCGGAAUCAAGCGGCACAACUUUAAAAGGGGUCAAAUGACCCAUGGUUCCAAGAGUCAUAGAGCUCUUGGAUCCAUUGGUGCUGGGACAACACCAGGUCGCGUAUACAAGGGAAAGAAGAUGCCUGGUAGGAUGGGAGGAACCAAUAGAAAGAUCAGAAAGCUUAAGAUUGUCAAAAUUGACAAUGAUCUUAAUGUUGUCAUGAUUAAAGGUGCUGUCCCAGGUAAGCCAGGAAAUCUUUUGAGGUUAGCUCCAGCAAAGAUUGUAGGGAAGAACAUUCCAAAGAAUUAGUUUGUUUUUGUCUCUGUACUUAAAAAUUUCCAUUUGACUUUUGAUUUCGCUCAUUUUUGCACUGUCAAGUCACUCUAAUAUUCUCUCAAGUAGAAAUUAGUAGCCAAUGGUUUUGAUGGUA